AUGCGGCCACCAGGUAGCGCCUUGGCGUGGGGACUCAAGGCGCGUGGGUUCGAAACCCACAAGGGGACAACAUUACAUCCGGAGCCAAUUUCUCAGCUAAAACAAAGGGAUGUGAACUUGCCAAGUAGGUACCUUUCGGGCGGACCUACUACCUGA